AUGAUCCCUGCCUGGUCUCUCGGUGUCAUCCUCCUGGGCUACGUCUUUGGAUUCCCAGUCCCCUUCAACAGCACUCAGAACGGUUCGAGGUAAGACAUCUACCUACAGUACCUGUGGAAAUUAGAGGUUGUAUGGAUGAAUAGAUGAAUAGAUGGAUAGAGUUGUGACCUGUUAGGCAUGUGAAUUUUCUUUCCUCUGUAGACAAUAUGAAUAUGAGACUCUUCCUCAACUCAACGACAAAGUGGACAACUUUACAGAGUGAGUGUUGGGUUCUAAUACUAAAAACUAAUAAGAGUUUGACUAAAUGUGAGAAUAGUGAGACCAACAUACUGCUUUGCUCUUUCAGACCCUUUAUGUCGAAUGACACAGAGUCCAAUGAAACAGAGAUUCCCUUCCAUUUUCAGUGA